UCCGGUAAUAUUCACAUAACGUUAUGCAAAAAUAUUCUUUCUACAUUUAAUAUACUUGUUCUUAUUUAUUGCGAUAAUAUGCGAUUAAAAGACACUAACGUGUAUUUAUUAUUAUUCAUAUGAACGAAGAGAGAAGUCUUACAAAAUAUUAGAAGUUAGUAUUAGUAAAAUAUCUACGUAAAUUUUAAUACGUUUUUAUAACGAAAAUUUAAAUAACCCGGUAAAAUAAUUCAAAUUAUGUAUCUGAAAUUGUAGAUGCGCGCGCACGUUUAGUUUCAAUAUGGCGUCCAUAGCGGGAAUCCUGUACGUGUCGCGGUUGUGUUUUUUCUCGUUAUUUUUCGAAAUAUAAAUCAUAUUCGAAAGCGCGAGUGCACAAACGAUCAGUUUUUAAAAUGAUAAUUCAUGUGAUAUUCUACGUGGCAAACUAAUUUGAUUCUAAAUGACUCGUUUCUUCUUCCUGUUCGUAUGCCGCGAGGAGUGGGGACGACGCGAUGGAAGGGAAAGCACUAGUAGUUCUCGAGUUGAGUGCCUCUGGAAGUAAGCGCUUGCCCGUGAGCCUGUACGGUAGUUCGAUUGGUGCGGUAAAUUUAUUAUUCGACUCUUUUUCUUCUUGUUCGAUCGUUGAAACGCGAAAAUAAGAGAUCGAGUUAGAUUCGAUGUAUGAUGCGAGAUUCACGUUCAUGGCGUAGUUCAAAAAUUCGCGACGCUUUCGUGAGAACGGUUAACACGACGGCGUGCUAGUGUCGUUGACGUUUCGUGUGUCAGUGUCCUCUCUCUUCGUUUCUCUCUCUUACGCUUGCCCUUUCUCGAUUCGGUCUUUUUCUAUCUCGUCCCUUCUAUAUACGUUAACCAUUGUAUCACAAGUCGCGUCGUUGCUGCAAUGUCAGAUGACAGGUGUGAGGCGCUAUCAUUAGUGUAUAUUAACGAGUCUUUCGAGUGUCCUGCGAAUUUAGGAUAUGCUGCAAAAUGACGAGUGCAAGGUUGUUCUACCGGAAGGGCGGCGAAGAGGACCGAAGACGACGACCACGACGACGAUCUCGAAUUCCCUCGCGCUAGCGGUGGGCUAUGAGCGCUGACAAUGGGGACGACUCCUUGCCCACGUGGCGUUUAUGGGGCGAGGAAAGGGGCGAUGGCGUCAUAUACACGGUGUACCUGAAGAAGGUCCGAUAUCACAGGCCGACCAGGAGCCUCUCCGCAUCGGACUCGGACGACGAGAUCUCGCAUUUGGAAUGGGAGACGGUGAGGGUGCGUUUCCUGAAAGCCGGCACGGUGCAGCGGCUGGUGGAAAGUCUGGCGAACGACGACGGGGAACUCGAGUCGACGUAUAUCAAUGUCUUCUUGGCGACGUAUCGAGCGUUCACCACGCCGCGGGAAGUGCUGGAGCUGUUGUUGUCGAGGUACGACGCCCUCGAUGAAGGAUCCGGCGCCCUGACAGGUGAACAACAUCGAAAGACUCUGGUUCAGGCGCUUCACGUAUGGUUGGACGCCUAUCCUGGCGACUGGAAGUCGCCGCCGAACCACCCCUUGCUCAGCCGAGUCCUCGACUUCACGCAUCGACGACUUCCUGGCUCGGAACUCGAGCUCAAGGCAAGGCAUCGUUUGCACAGGUUUCAGCGUGAAGAUCAAAUAGAUUCGUGCAUAGUGUACGACAAUGGUCGAUUAGCGCGUGGUUCCCCGGAUCCAAUCGUGGAUCACUGGGCGAGCUACAACUUCCCCGAGGUUCCGCACCGACAUUUCGCCGAGCAGCUGACCAGAAUGGACGCCGAAGUGUUCAAGAAGCUCGUGGCCCACCAGUGCUUGGGCGCGGUCUGGUCGAGAAGGGAUCGUUCGAGGAGCCAUGACGCGGCCACCGUGCUGGCCACCGUGAAUCAAUUCAACGCAGUUUCCCUUCGAGUUAUAUCCACGAUACUGAUGGACUCGUCGACCAAGGCUCAAGAACGCGCGAGGAUCCUCGAGACGUGGAUCGACAUCGCGCAAGAGUUGCGGGUGUUGAAGAAUUUCAGUAGCCUGAAGGCUAUCGUGUCCGGGCUGCAGAGCAACCCUGUCUACAGGUUGGAGAAGUGUUGGCAGUGUAUGCCCAGGGAGAAGCACGAGCUGUUCAGAGAGUUGGAGAGAAUUUUCUCGGAGGAGAACAACGCGUGGACCCAACGAGAGCUUUUGAUCAAAGAGGGCACUGCCAAGUUCGCGGACACGGCGGGCAGGAGCGACAGGCACCUGCAAAAGUUGUUUCAAAAACAAAAUACUCACGCGGGCAAUAUCAGCUACGGGACGAUACCGUAUCUAGGCACGUUCCUAACGGAUCUCACUAUGAUAGACACCGCGAUACCAGAUACGAUAGCGGAGGGUUUGAUCAACUUCGACAAAAGGCGGAAAGAAUUCGAGGUCCUCGCCAGGAUAAGAUUGCUUCAAGGUGCCGCGAAUGCGUACAAUUUCAGCACGGAUCCGUUGUUCGAUCGUUGGUUCCACUCGGUGGUUGUGCUCGACGAUCGCGAAGCGUAUAAACUGAGUUGUCAGAUCGAGCCGCCGCCACCUGGAAACACUUUGAGCAAUCGUGGAAAGAAGAAGCAGGUCAGCAUGCUCUCCCUCGUCUCGUUAAUACGAACUCGUUCCCGAUCACCCGUUUCCCGCGAGAAGACUGAGCCCAGACUUAUCUUGCAGAGUCAUCAGGGUCAUCGCAAGAACGACUCGAUAGCCUCGACGUCGAGUUCGAGCAGCUCCCAGUUCUAUUGCGAUCUGGAUUCUCUGCCGAGCUCGCCCCACAACUCUCUCGAUCGGCGCACCUCGCCCUCCCAGAUGUCCAGCUCUUCGUCCAGCUCGUCCUUGCCAUCGUUGGACGUGUCGUUGAGCUCCGGAGGAGGGAGCGGAGCGACGAGUCAACAGAACCGGUUAGCACCGCCGACUGCCAUCACCGCCAACGGGAACAGCCCCCACGUCGUUGGCCUGUCCAGCCCGAGUCACUCGCACAAGAGUUCGCCGGAUUUUUACAUCAUAAAAGUGACGAUGGAGAGCGACAACGUCGAGACCGAGGGUGUGGUGCUGUACAAAUCCAUCAUGCUCUCGAAUAACGAGAGGACGCCGCAAGUGAUACGGAACGCUAUGCUUAAGUUGGGAAUCGAGGGGAGCCCGGACCAGUACACGCUGGCCCAGGUUUUACCCGAUCGUGAAAUGCUUUUGCCAAAUUCGGCCAACGUUUAUUACGCCGUGAACACCGCACACAAUCUCAACUUCAUUCUACGACCUAGAAGAGAGCCUAACGACAGCGCCACGGAAAGUCCUAAGAGCAAGACGAGUCACAAGCGGUAGUGUCGAAUGUUGAGAGGUUAGGAUUGUAUUUCAUAAUUGAUAUUGGAUUCGUAAUUAAUAAUAUUUCAUCGUGUUGCGUCGAAGCGAUGUCAGCCUCGAUUAUUUACUCGUGAUUUAUUUAUUCUUCUCUGCGCUCUUCUCUUCCCGCGGGAGAACGUCUCGAGUCGAGAAUCAAGAAAGAGUCUCGUUAGGUUUGCGAUGAUGCAUUUUUUCUUUCUUUUUUUUUUUUUUUUUACGUUUUAUCCAUGACAGUUCGUUAACAAUGCCCGCGAUAUCGCGAUACUUUUUAUUUUAUUUUUUUUCUUACGUGGUAAUUAGAAACAACUCGUUAACAGCGAAUUGGACACCGUGUUGUCGAUAGUUGUCUUUUCCAUAAAUUUUUAUUUCCGAGUCUCAUCGUCACUCGUUCGUCCCAUACGUUUGCGUCGACGUUACCCGCCCGCACGGUACUCGAAUAUUAGCGUUAUUUGCGCGGUUCACGAAUCAAUGUAGUUUUUAGGUACCUAUAUUUAGCGUGAAUCUCAUUUAGCUCUGUUUAUCCGCGCGCACGCGAACAAAGACGAAAGAAGUAGCUUGCGAUUGUGCGCGAUUCGUACGUAGCGAUUGUAGUCACGUGUAAUUUAUACAAGAGAUCCUUGCGGAUUAUAUAUAUAUAUAUACAAGAGAUUAUACGGCGUAUAAAAUUGUGACGACGAUGUAACGAAUAUCCGCGAGAGAGGAACAUUGUGAUUUUGUACAUAAUUUUAGUUUCGUAGUGUGGCUUCGAACGUAGUCGAUCGGCCGUAAGAAUCAAGUGGACCCAAUGAAACAAUUGUCAAUUAUUAAUUUUUUCUGCAUCGCGAUUGGAAGAAAAGAAAAAAGAGAAAAAAAAAAGGAAAAAAAAAACAGAAAAAAAGAGAAAAAUGAAAGAAAGAAGGAGAAAAGGGAAAAGAAAAUAAGUCUAAAAUUGUUGAAACAAAUUCCAUUCGUCCAUACCGUGAUGAUUCAUUUCUCUUGCCCCGCGAUGACGCGAGGAACGGAAAAAAAAGAAAUUAAAUUCUGUGAUAUUGGAAUCUCACCUCGGCUUUGGAAAUUAAUAUCAUUCGAAGUAAAUGGGAGAUCGAGUGUAUCGCAUAUACGAAUUCAAUGCGAACGAUGAAAAAAUCGUAUACUCGUUUCCUCGAUAUCGAAAGCACAUUAGAGCGUGUGUGAACGUACUUUGAUAUAUUUUUUACAGAAAAGAAAAAAAAAACCUGCAUGCAUUUCGUAAUAGGAGACAAGAGAGACAAGUACAAGAAAAAGAAGAACAUCGUAACAAGAAGAGGCAAGAUUCAAGCGUAUCGACUAUUGGCAAAUGAAUAAUAUCGUCGAAAAUGUGUUCCAUCAUUUAGCUUAGGCAAUUUUGUACUUACCUCUUAUCGAUCCUAAUUUCCAAGGAACCGGUCUCUAACUCUGAAGCUAUAUCUGUUCGUGUACGCGUCAAUUCUUUAUUCCGAAAUUCGCGCAAAUUAUGUGUAACGCGACUCGAUAAAAGUGAGAAUAGAUGGGCCUACAAAUUUUA